CAUCCUCCUCCUCCUCCUCCUCUUUCCUCUUUGGGUCUGGAGAGGCAGGCGGUGGAGGCAUUGCUGGACUUUGGGCUCUCUUCUCUGCAGCUGGAGAUGGAGGAACCCCAAAAAGGAGGAAGACCCCCUCUGCUGCCCCUUCUGCAGCCCCUGCUCUUCCUCUCCUGGCUGCUGCUGCCCAUCCAGGCUUUGCCAGGGGAAGCCCAAGAGAUGCGCCUGCCCAGCGGCCAGGCCAUCUGCCGGGGAGGGACUCAGAGGCCGUGCUACAAGGUCAUCUACCUCCAUGACGCCGGACGCAGGGUGGACUUCCAGGCCGCCCUCCAGGCUUGCCGCCGGGACGGAGGGGACCUGCUCAGCAUCGAAUCCCAGGCGGAGCAGAACCUGAUCGAGAAGAUGAUCGCCAGCGUCUCGGCUUCGGACGGGGACUUCUGGCUCGGGCUCACCAGAGGACGAGACCCCGACAACAGCACCGAGUGUCCAGAGCUGUACUCCUGGUCCGACGGGAGUUCGGCCACAUUUCGGAACUGGUAUGCUGACGAGCCAUCCUGUGGGAGCGAGAUUUGCGUGGUGAUGUACCACCAGCCCUCGGCUCCUCCUGGCGACGGGGGCCCAUACAUGUUUCAGUGGAACGACGAUCGGUGCAACAUGAAGAACAACUUCAUCUGCAAAUACGCCAUGGAGAAGCCAACGGUGGCCCCAGAAACGAAUGCUUCUCUAGCAGCGGUUGUCACAGAGGCCUUGGCACCCGUGUUCCCAGAAGAGCCCCUUCAAGAAGACGUAACACACAAAACUUCCAAAGAAGCCAAGGAACCUGUUUGGAACCUUCUGUACAUCUUAGUCCCCAGCAUUCCUGCCUUGCUGCUCCUCUUGGUCAUUAUGGCCAUUUUCUGUUUCUGGCUUUGCGCAAAGAGGCGGCGGGCGCAAACAGAGGUGGACCAGAAGGACGGCGACGCCUGGGUGUCCCCCAAAAGGCAGAAGAGCCCCAGUUUGGAGAUCUACAAUGUCAUUCGAGAGCAGUCCGAAGCCGACUUGGCCGGGACCAGACCGGACAUUAAGAACUCCUCUUUCCGGAUCCGCGUGGGAGGAGAGACCCCGGACGACCUUUCCGGAGACUACGACAACAUGGCUGUCAACACUUCGGAAAGCGGCUUUGUAACGCUGGCCAGCACCGAGAGCGGGUUUGUCACCAACGACAUCUAUGAGCUGUGCCCCGACAGAGUGGGCCGCAGCAAGGAAUCCGCCUGGGUGGAAAACGAAAUCUAUGGGUACUGAAGGGAGCGGUGGGCCUGCCGGGCAAAACAACCCGUUUCAAGCCGAGUCUGGCACUUACGGACGCAAACACAUCCCUGGUGUGCAAAGGAAUGUGUUUUGCAUUUGGUGAUGCUUGUGAUUUUUAUGGUAAGGGGGUCCUUUUCACCCUGAAAGUAGAAUGCCAGAGACUAUAUAUUUGGGGCUUUUCCUGAAUCAAGGAAAAUGGCCCUGUGUGAUCAUGACAACAAGCCCUAUCCAAUCUAUAGCCUGUCAUCCACAUUUGAACCAAAAUCAACAGCUUGGGCAAUAUUUCUGUUACUUAAAGUGUAUUCAAGUCCAAAUUUUUGGUGAUAUUUUUUAAGCUCAUUGCCUCCAGACGGUGUUUGGGAGUUGUUGUGGUGCUUGCUUUACCCCAUCUCCCCAGCUAAAAAUACUACAAACACAAACAAGUGGUCUUUUUUACCACCUAUUUUGUCAUUUCAAAAAUUCAACCAUUUUUUUCCCUAAGUUUUGGGGCAUUUUUUUUUGCUUCAUAUUUCCAGGGAGCAGUUAGCUUUCUUAUACUCCAUCCGUGAAGUGGAAAGAAAUACCAAGGGGACCAACGAGGCCAUUGGAUGCAACAGUCAAAAGCAAACUCAUUCCAAGGAUAGGAAGAACUUGCAAAGUCUAUCUGGCCAGUUAUUGUGAUGGAAAUGGCUAUAGAUAUCACUGAAAGCGAGAGAAGAAGGCAUUAGCAUUGCCUGUUGCUAUAUAAUAGACUGCUGGGUUCGGUCAUAUAGGUCAAUGGAACUAUAAAGCAGUAGUCACUUAAUUCCUGGAGAAAAAGGUGACCAAGUUGGAUGGUUAGUUCUUUUAUUCUUUUGCAAUGCUGGCAAGCAUGUCGGAGACCAGCGCAAGUGUUUACCUAGGAGUCCCGGUGUGAACGGGAUUGCCGUGAAAGGGCCACUUUGGAAGGGAUUCUGAAGCGACUGCAAAGGGACUUAAGACGAUGGACGGAGGCAGCAAAAAGCCAAGGUGAGCCAAGCCUUCAGGAGGAAUUUCCUUCCCAGAUUAGCAUCUGAAUCCCAGAUUUCCACGGGCAAGCGAGUCCACUUAAGGCGGAUGAACUACCAGUUGUAAGGAAGGAUGCUGCUCUGUUAUCGGACGUUAGACACAUUAUCCUGUGAGUUUGGUGGAACUUUGAUCCGGAAAUGUGCCAAGACGUACUAGACCUCAUUCAAAGCCAAGGGAAGUUCCGACUCCUGUUCCUUGGAAGCACAACGCAAGGCGAAGGAAAUCAGGCGCGGGUUUCAAAGCAUAUAAUAAAAGCUCGUCUUAUGUCACUGA